AUGGCUUCACCGCCGCCGCACGCCCUGAUCAUCCCUUACCCGGCACAGGGCCACGUCAUCCCGCUGAUGGAGCUGGCGCACGCCAUGGUGGACAGGGGCUUCAUCGUCACCUUCGUCAACUCCGAGUUCAACCACGCCCGCGUCGUCGCCGCCAUGUCGCCGUCUUCCUCCCCUGGAAACAACGGCGUCGGUGGGCUGGACCGGAUCCGUCUCGUGGCGGUGCCGGACGGCAUGGAGCCCGGCGAGGACCGGAACAACCUGGUGAGGCUGACCAUCCUCAUGACGGAAUUCAUGGCGCCGGCCGUCGAGGAGCUCAUCCACCGCAGCGGCGAGGAAGACGGCGAGGAGAAGAUCACGUGCAUGGUGACUGACUACAAUGUCGGGACCUGGGCGGUGGACGUCGCCCGGCGGACCGGCAUCCGGUCCGCCGCCGUCUGGCCCGCCUCGGCCGCCGUCAUGGCCACCCUUCUCAGCUUCAACAAACUCAUUGAGGACGACAUCAUCGACGCAGAACACGGGUCUGCGAUGGGGAAAGAGACGUUCAAGCUGAGCCCGGAGAUGCCGGAGAUGCAGAGCGCGCACCUGGCAUGGAACUGCGUGGGCGACCACGACCAGCAAGCCACACUCUUCAAGUACUUAGUCAAGGGAGUCCUCGCCGUUGACCAAUGCGAGUUCUUCAUCUGCAACUCCUUCCACGCGGCAGAGCCAGGAGCCUUCUCGCUCUUCCCCAAGCUCCUCCCCAUAGGCCCGCUCCUCACCGGCGAGCGCGGCGGGGACAAGGCCGUGGGCCACCUCUGGCAGCCAGAGGACGCCGAGUGCAUCUCCUGGCUGGACGCGCAGCCGGAGCCGGGGUCCGUCGUGUACGUGGCCUUCGGCAGCUUCACCAUGUUCGACCGCCGCCAGUUCCAGGAGCUCGCCCUGGGGCUCGAGCUCUGCGGCCGGCCGUUCCUCUGGGUCGUCCGCCCGGACAUCGGCUACGGCAAGGUCCACGAUUACCCUGACGGCUUCCUCGACCGCGUCGUCGGGGAAAGCGGCGGCACCGGCAGAGGGAAGCUCGUCUCCUGGGCGCCGCAGCAGCGGGUGCUGGCCCACCCGUCGGUCGGGUGCUUCGUGUCGCACUGCGGAUGGAACUCCACCAUGGAAGGCGUCCGCAACGGGGUGCCGUUCCUCGCCUGGCCGUAUUUCGCUGACCAGUUCGUCAACCAGGUUUAUAUCUCUGACGUGUGGAAGGUCGGGCUUAAGGCCGUCAAGGAUGAGGAGGCCGGGGUGAUUACGAAGGAGCAUAUCGCUGACAGGGUUGAGGUGCUCAUGGGGGAUGCCGGGAUCAGGGAAAGGGUUGAGGAAUUGAAGAAGGCGGCACAUGAGAGCAUUCAGGAUGGGGGAUCCUCGCAUGGGAAUUUUGACAAGUUUGUGGAGGCCAUGAAGCAGGCAUGAUACACAAGCUCAGACUGAGAGUGCGCAAUGUGCAAACUUUGCAACGGGGAGUUGGAAAAUUGGACAGACUGCAAUCUCGUUUGGCCUUGUAAUUGAAUUUCUCUUAAGAGAAAUCUUUCUACGGAGUACAUGAUUGCAUGAUUGUGGAAAAUAAGGUGCUCCUUUAACUUUUCUUGAAAACAAUGUAAGAUUAGUACGUAUUUGGAGCUGGAAGAGGGUUAAAA